CCGCCCGCAGCCCGGGAGCCGCAGUCGCCGCCGCCACUCCCGCUCCCUCUGCGCCGCUGCCGCCGCCGCCACCGCCACCGCCACCGCCACCGCCACAGGCUGAGUCUGCAGCCCCGAGGAGAUCCCAGCCAUCAUGUCGAUAACGAAGAUCUGGGCCCGGGAGAUCUUGGACUCCCGUGGGAACCCCACUGUGGAGGUGGAUCUCUACACUGCCAGAGGUCUUUUCAGGGCCGCAGUGCCCAGUGGAGCCUCCACUGGGAUUUACGAAGCCCUGGAGCUAAGGGAUGGGGACAAACAGCGUUACUUAGGCAAAGGUGUCCUGAAGGCCGUGGACCACAUCAACACCACCAUUGCACCAGCCCUCAUCAGCUCAGGUCUCUCUGUGGUGGAGCAGGAGAAGCUGGACAACCUGAUGCUGGAGUUGGAUGGGACAGAGAACAAAUCCAAGUUUGGGGCGAAUGCCAUCCUGGGUGUGUCCUUGGCCGUGUGUAAGGCAGGGGCAGCCGAGCGGGAAUUGCCACUAUAUCGCCACAUUGCUCAGCUGGCUGGGAACUCAGACCUCAUCCUGCCUGUGCCGGCCUUCAACGUGAUCAAUGGUGGCUCCCAUGCUGGGAACAAGCUGGCCAUGCAGGAGUUUAUGAUCCUUCCCGUGGGUGCCGAGAGCUUUCGUGAUGCCAUGCAACUUGGGGCGGAGGUCUACCACACGCUCAAGGGGGUCAUCAAGGACAAGUAUGGCAAGGAUGCCACCAAUGUGGGAGAUGAAGGCGGCUUUGCCCCCAACAUCCUGGAGAACAGUGAGGCCUUGGAGCUGGUGAAGGAAGCCAUUGACAAGGCUGGCUACACGGAAAAAAUUGUCAUUGGCAUGGAUGUCGCUGCCUCAGAGUUUUAUCGUGAUGGCAAAUAUGACUUGGAUUUCAAGUCUCCUGCUGACCCUUCCCGAUACAUCACUGGGGACCAGCUGGGGUCCCUCUACCAGGACUUUGUCAGGGACUAUCCUGUGGUCUCCAUUGAGGACCCCUUUGACCAGGAUGACUGGGCUGCCUGGUCGAAGUUCACGGCCAAUGUAGGGAUACAGAUUGUGGGUGAUGACCUGACGGUGACCAACCCAAAGCGUAUCGAGCGGGCACUGGAAGAAAAGGCCUGCAACUGCCUGCUGCUCAAGGUCAACCAGAUCGGUUCAGUCACUGAAGCUAUCCAAGCGUGCAAGCUGGCCCAGGAGAACGGCUGGGGGGUCAUGGUGAGUCAUCGCUCAGGGGAGACUGAGGACACCUUCAUCGCAGACCUGGUGGUGGGGCUGUGCACAGGCCAGAUCAAGACUGGGGCCCCGUGCCGUUCUGAGCGUCUGGCUAAGUACAACCAGCUCAUGAGAAUUGAGGAAGAGCUGGGAGACGAAGCUCGCUUUGCCGGACACAAUUUCCGCAAUCCCAGCGUGCUGUGAUCCCUCUACUCUCCUGGAGACUUGGACCCCCUCCACCCUCCUGGAACCCCUUCCUGUCCUGCUCUGUGAUACUUCACCCCAGACACCCCAGCUGACCUGCCGCACGGCUCCUGGGCUUGUCCUACCCCUGCUGUCUCUACUCUCCCGCUCUGGGUUUCACACUCUUCACUUCUCCCUUCCUUUUCUCUCUCCUCAAAGACUGGCCACAGGACUGAGGAUUAUAAGGGGGUCCGUGGAAGAAUGAUCAGGGUCUGUGACAGGGGCAUCAGGGUUGGCUGCUGAGGUGUUCAGGGAGGGGCCCUGGGUCACUUGCACUUUGCACCUGUUCCAUGUGUUUUCCAUGUUGCAGAUGAGCCAGGCACUACAUGGUGCUGAGGUGGAGGGAGGUGCUGGCUGCUGGGCAUGCCUGCCCUAAGGUUUUAGUGUGUUAUUUAUUUAUUAAUUUAUUUUUCACUCAUCCUGUUGAUUAUUCAUUUCCUCAUGACUCCAGGGCCAAAAACUGGCCUGACUGGAGGGGACUAUGUAUUUCAUAUGGCUAUAGAUUCUGAGAUGGUCUGGGAUGGAAGUCUUGCUGGAAUGCUGAAGGGAACAGAAAAAGGCCUUGCUGGCAGUUCCUUUGUGUGUAGCAACCCUUCACUGAAGCCUGGCUGGGGUCAGAGAUGGGGCUGUGCGCCUGGGGACUCUUCCCCGGAACUCUCUUCCCAGCCCUACCUUCCCUGUUCUUUCUCCAGCUGCCCCAGAGCAAGGUCUUGCUCCCACCAUGCCAUGUUCCACCGUUCCCACCACCUCUGACAUUGAAAUGAGCACCACCAUUAAAGUCUGAAUCACAGUGCA